UAGUAAACCAGAUGGUCAGUUAGCUGGCAAAGGUUAGCCAAAUUGCUAACCCAAAGGGAGAGUUUUUAUUGUCAUGUUACCGAGAAUUUAACAAUGCGGAGUCACUUUGGCCUAACCUUGGCUGGGUAAAUUAAAAGGUUGCUGCAUGACUAAGUGGGUCUUGCGAGGUUUCUGAAUGCUUUGACCAUGACCUUGCAUGAAUGCAUGCACAACCUCUGCUGAAUCACACUCUCAACUUGCACAAUCCAAAUUCCAUUUAUGCAGACAAAUCACAGAAAAAACUUUUUCAGACCUUUUCAACUUACAAGCUUCCCACUGCAACCAGUAGCACACAUUUCACCACUCCCACCUCCUCUGCUUCUCCCCCACGCCUGCCUGCUACAUACCUUCGGGGCUGUGCAGAACUUCUCUGCUCUUCCUGAUUUUUUGUUUGUGCAAGCCACAGCGAGGAACACCACUGAGCUACUGAGCCAUGCCUAACAGUCCAUCUUGAUUUCCACGUGAUCAGAUGUAUGGAAUGUAUUUUACAGCAUCAUUUGGGGAUUAUAACAAUGACUUCUGUUUCAUUUAUUAACAGUUCUUUGAACCUGCAAGGUUCUGACCUGCAGAUAAUCUCAACCUUCUGGAUUUCUCUUUUUAACCAGGAAAAAAUCAGGAUGAAAACCAUGGGUGCUACAUGUUCUCUUCACAUAUAACGAGGAUAUUUCUGUUUACUUGUAUAUGAGAAGAUAUAUGUGAUACACACCAAGGGAUACAAGCUAUCCACCUGUAUAAAUGGUUCCCUUGAAGUCAAAUCAGAGUGUAAUGGGAGAGGAAGCAGAACAGAUAGCUUCAGGCCCUCCAGAGAAAAAGAAACUCAAGGAGGAAGAAGAAGACAGUGAGAAUGAGAUGGAUGUGGAGGUGGAAGGACAAGGUUUGAAGAUCCCUCUUCAUCGCUGGGUGAUGCACGGAGCAGUGAUGUUUGGACGGGAGUUCUGCUAUGCCAUGGAAACUGCUCUGGUGACACCAGUGCUGCUGCAGAUAGGUCUUCCUGAACAGUAUUACAGUUUAACCUGGUUCCUCAGUCCUAUCCUGGGUCUCCUCUUCACUCCUGUGAUUGGCUCAGCCAGUGACCGCUGUACUCUCCGAUGGGGCCGUAGAAGACCAUUCAUCCUGGCUCUGUGCGUGGGUGUGCUGCUGGGGGUGGCAUUGUUUUUAAAUGGAUCAUUAAUUGGCCUUUCUAUUGGCGACAGACCGAAUAGUCAGCCAAUUGGUAUUGUCCUCACUGUUCUGGGUGUGGUGGUGCUGGACUUCUGUGCUGAUGCCUCUGAGGGGCCAAUCAGAGCUUACCUCCUUGAUGUUGCUGACACUGAGGAGCAAGAUAUGGCCCUGAAUAUUCAUGCCUUCUCCGCGGGGCUUGGUGGAGCAGUGGGCUACAUGCUGGGAGGUCUAGACUGGACUGGUACAGCUCUGGGCCGAGCAUUUAAAUCCCAAGAGCAGGUCCUCUUCUUGUUUGCAGCCGUCAUCUUCAUCAUCUCUGUCAUACUGCACAUGCUCAGUAUUCCCGAGAAACCUUUAAUCCCAUCACAGCAACUUAAAGUCACGGGGAGUGGUGAAUCUACCAGCCAAAUAUCUUUAAGGCCUGUUAGCCGCACACCUCCUUUACUGGAUGUAAUUGCAGAGGAUGACGGGUUUCCUAGAGCCCCCUUCCGCGAUGACAAUGAAUCUGACUCUGAAGAAGAGGGAAUUGACUUUCUUGCUGUGGAGCGAGUGCGGAGUAAAAGCGAUUCGGUGUUGGCUAUGCCAGAUGCUACAAUCGAGUUGGAUCCUGACCUUGACCCAGACAGACAGCUCUUUCUGCCAGAGGUGCACCACUUUUUACCAGAAGUGCAGGGCGAGCUGGAUGAUGAUGCUUUCAAACCAUCAGACAGCAGUACUGAGCCGUCACAUCCUGCUGGUGGACUACAGCCUGUUGCUGAUGGGAUGGUGAUCUUACUGCCUGUAGAUCCAGACAGCUCUACGCUAAAGGAUUCAAAGCACAGUCAUCCCUCUGUUCUUAAAAUCAGUUCUGGUUUAGCAGACUCCCAUCUGACAAAACAGAUCAAGGCUGCCAAUGGUGUCAAUGCAAUUAAAGGCAAUGGCUCUAACAGGCUGCUGACCCGGCCCUCAAACUCAGCUGUGCCAUCACGGCCUCACCCCCACACCUUCUACAGACAACCUUCCUUUACUUUCUCUUACUAUGGACGAGUGGGAUCCCAGCGCUAUCGACUCAGGCGGACAGCACCUUUAAGUCCUCGGCCAAUCACCACCUCUCGCAGUCUGAAUGAUCUGACUGAACUUCAGCGUCGUGCCGACAGGCGAGAACUGCAGCUUUCAGCCAGCAGUCUCUCAUCAGAGGGCUCUAGCAUAGAGGAGGCAAGCAGGGGUGCUACUGUACGGCUGCUGUGGUUGUCCAUGUUGAAGAUGCCUCCACAGCUGUGGAGAUUGUGUGUGUGUCACCUUCUUACAUGGUUCUCCAUUAUCGCUGAAGCUGUGUUUUAUACUGAUUUCAUGGGGCAAGUUAUCUACCACGGAGAUCCACAGGCACCAUCUAAUUCCACAGAGCUCCAAAACUAUCACAGAGGAGUACAGAUGGGCUGCUGGGGACUGGUGGUGUAUGCUGCUACUGCUGCUGCCUGCUCUGCCAUCCUUCAGAAGUACCUGGAUAAUUUUGAUCUGAGCAUUAAGGUUAUCUACAUCGUUGGGACUCUGGGAUUUUCAAUAGGAACUGCUGUUAUGGCAAUCUUCCCCAAUGUUUAUGUGGCCAUGAUCAUGAUCAGUGGCAUGGGCAUCAUCUCCAUGAGUAUCUCCUACUGUCCCUAUGCAUUACUUGGGCAGUACCAUGAAAUUAAAGAGUACAUUCAUCACAGCCCGGCAAACACUAGGAGAGGGUUUGGCAUUGACUGUGCUAUCUUAUCCUGCCAGGUCUAUAUCAGCCAGAUUCUGGUUGCAUCGGCCCUCGGAGCUGUGGUCGAAGCAGUUGGCAGUGUGCGUGUCAUUCCAGCUGUGGCCUCUGGGGGCUCCUUCCUCGGCUUCCUUACGGCCUGUUUCCUCAUCAUCUAUCCUGAUGUGGAGCCAAGCAGCUCCGAGCAGGACCAGGCUGUGGUUUGUGGUGGUUUACCUGGAGAUUCAAAUGGAGAAAAGGUUAGCGGGCAGAGGGUGGCUCUGCUGGGCCUCACAGAUGGAGACAGUUUGAAGAAAACAGAGAAUCACUCUGUUGCCUGAGUAUGAACAUGCAAAGAAUUAUCCUCGCUGUGUACAAGUCACAGCAUGUGGGGAUUACCCCAGCUGUUCAGACUUGAUGGUCAGUGCCUUUCUUAAGGAACAAAGACAAAGUAAAAGUCAGAAAGUUGGUGACUUGUCUGCAGAAAGCUGGGUUGGAUGUUUUUGGAUGGAUGAUCUUCCCAGAGCAUAAAACUAACAAAAACUCUCUUAGGCUGCUCUGCUUGAAUUUUCUACCUCAUUCCUAAAAAGAAUAAAGGUUUGAAUGGUGAGAGACGUAAGCCAUUGAUAAACAACAAGCCACAUGACACUGAAUUUGUCAGAUUUUAUUGAGACAAGGUUAGUUUAGGCUACUGAAACAAAUGUUCGCUUGAAUUACAAAACAAAGCGGGAAGCACACAGAGCACUUUCUGUCUCACUACUGAACAUACUGUAACCCUGGGGCAGCAGAAUGACGUAAACUGUGACUUUUACUUCAGCUGCUCCAUAUUUACUAGAAGACAAUCGUCAAUUUGUCAAAAUGACACUUUUUAUACUUCUUUCGAUUUUGUUGACGGAUACAGAUGUAUUUGUUCCAGGUUUUAAUAGGAUUUUUCAUUAUAAAUUGUGUUUCAUAAAAAGAUAAAGCCUUUUACUAUUGCUGUGUAUUCAAGUAUUUUUUUUAUUUUAUUUUCAACUUUUUAACCCACUUAAGAUGUUGAUUUCUGUUAAAAAGCAGGCUAGUGUGUAGAUAAAGUGCCCUUUUCUGUUUUUACUUUGCCUGUACUGAAACUCUGAAGCCCUUAACGCCAUUUCACUCAUUGGUUUGUUAUGAGACAUGGAAAAUUUUAACAAUAUUUAUUCAAAUAAUGACACAAGCAUUUUUUUUAAUCUUGGUAUAUGAAACAUAACUUCAACUGGUUUUGGGUUUCAGUGUUAUUUGUAAAACAGGGUGGUGCUUAUAUUGACUUUGAAUUAUUUUUAAAAGUGUUAUGAGAAAUACAUUCCUUACAGAGUUAAAUGUUAGAUAUAUUCAAAAUGUUCAUCAUUGCACAUUAGUGAAAUCAUUUUAUGCACUACAACAUAGAAAAAUACUUUUUUGUUUUUCACAGCUGUCUAAGUUAAGACAUAUAGCUCCCAUACUGCCAUGCUUCUGUCUACCUCAGAAUAACAACAAAAGAUAUAGCAGCUAGACUGUAGAUUAUUUGUGGGAUCACUGAGCAGCCAGCAAAGUCAUUUGCAGUGUCUCUGACAUAUUUUAGCACAUUAGCAGUACAGUGUGCACAGCGUAUUAACCCACAGACUUGUUAUCAAAGCGUCUUUCCAUGAGAAUUUUUUUAUUUGCUGUGUACCUUAAGCUUGCUCAAAAAAGCACAACUUCUUCAAUUAGAAAACUCACAAAAGUUAUGCUGCAUUUUUCAAUGUAGCAUGGAGCAACUACAAUGAAAGGCCAUUGACUGAUCUAUGCAAUCUUGAAGUCCCCUUUGUUUGGAGUUUUAUAACCAAAUGAACCUAAAGGAGUAACAGAGGAACUUCUCAGUUCAUUUUCCUGGCUGAAAAGUUUUUUUUCAGCUCAGUGGAAACAAGGCCUUAAAUUAGGUCAUUGUGAAAUCACUUCACAGAUUUCUUUCCACAACAUAAUAUUGUCUUCUUUCAUGACUUGGCUGAGAACAAGAAAUCUUUUGUCAUACACUCUUGAGACUUGAAGUUCUAAAGGCACUAUGUGUCCACAGCCUGACUAACCAGAAGUAUAAAGGUUUUGGAUCACCAAUUUAAAGGGAUAGUUUUUUUGAGAACCAAAAAUAUGUAAUUUUCACUUUUGUCAUGUAAAUAAUUUACAGAUUAUACUUGAGUGCUGUUGUGGUCUUUGGAAACUGUUCUCAGUCUUUAAAAUGUGCCUUUAACAAACUGGCAUGUUAAAGCUAUUUUGAUUUUAUGCUGAUAUUAGGACUUGGUUGAGGCUGAUAAUCAAUGUUUUGGUUUGAAAGUCGAUCAAUGAUGUUUUGUUUUUGUGAUUGGUAGUUUUCUUUGCUGCUGUACAGAGUUUAUACAAAGAAAACCAAGUAUUUUGUAGCAAUUUUUUGAAGACAAAAUACAAAGAAUGCACCUUCUU